AAGGAAAUACUUUGAAACUCUCCCAUAAACAACUCCGCCCGAGGGGACGGGAAGAACAGGGAAGAGAGAGCGCUGCUCACACAACGCGCACGCCGCCACCUCCUUCCUCUCCGGCUCCGCCCAACGAUCGAUCCAAGGGAGCCCUCCUCCUCCCGCGGCACCGCAUGGCGUCGUCGCUCUCCCUCUCCGUGCGCGCCUCCGGUUCCCGGGCCGCCGGAUCCCGCGCCGCCGACCCCGUCAAGGCGUCGUGCGUGAGGACCAAGGUUUCCUGCAGCUUCCCUUCCAUCGGUGCUUCCUCUUCGCCUGCUAGGAGCCUUGAGCCGGUGAGAGCCACCGCUACACAGGCGCCCCCUGCCACCCCUCAAUCUUCUAGUGGGGAGAAGACAAAGGUUGGCAUCAAUGGGUUUGGGCGUAUAGGGAGGUUGGUUCUACGGAUUGCAGUCAGUAGAGAUGAUAUUGAAGUUGUGGCUGUCAAUGACCCAUUCAUCGAUGCUAAAUACAUGGCUUAUAUGUUUAAGUAUGACUCCACACAUGGUCCAUUUAAGGGAACCAUAACAGUUCUCGAUGAGUCAACAUUAGAGAUCAAUGGGAAGAAAGUCUCAGUUACAAGCAAAAGGGACCCCUCAGAAAUCCCUUGGGGUAAUGUUGGAGCUGAAUAUGUUGUUGAAUCAUCUGGUGUUUUUACAACAAUUGAGAAAGCUUCGGCUCAUUUGAAGGGGGGUGCAAAGAAAGUGGUGAUAUCUGCUCCCUCAGCCGAUGCUCCUAUGUUUGUGGUUGGAGUAAAUGAGAAAAGUUACAACCCUAGCAUGGAUGUAGUAUCUAAUGCAAGUUGUACCACCAACUGCCUUGCUCCUGUUGCCAAGGUUGUCCAUGAGGAGUUUGGCAUCCUUGAAGGCCUAAUGACAACUGUCCAUGCAACAACAGCCACCCAAAAGACUGUUGAUGGCCCUUCGAUGAAAGAUUGGAGGGGAGGACGCGGGGCUGGUCAAAAUAUCAUCCCUAGCUCCACGGGUGCAGCAAAGGCUGUUGGAAAGGUCCUUCCAGCAUUAAAUGGAAAGCUCACUGGUAUGGCCUUCCGUGUUCCGACACCUAACGUCUCCGUUGUUGAUUUGACCUGCCGGCUUGAGAAAGACGCUUCCUACGAAGAUGUGAAAGCAGCUAUCAAGGAAGCAUCAGAAGGUUCACUAAAAGGUAUUUUAGGCUACACAGAUGAGGAUGUGGUUUCAAAUGAUUUCGUUGGUGACACAAGAUCGAGCAUAUUUGAUGCCAAGGCCGGUAUUGGUCUGAGUUCUUCUUUCAUGAAGCUUGUGUCUUGGUACGACAACGAGUGGGGCUACAGCAACCGUGUGUUAGAUCUGAUCAGUCACAUGGCUCUUGUCAACGCUUAAAGCUGAUGCCCUGACAUGAAUUAGUGGAGAAGAUCCUCGUGUAGCGUAGGAAGUGAAGGCUGCAAAUUUUGAUGGCCAUUUUCACGUUCUAGAAUAAUAUGUGAGCGAUGAAAACAGUCAAUCGGCGUCGACUUGAAGCAGCAGAAUGAUCCUGUUGAUCUGUAAGACUGUAACCCAUAAUUGGACCGAAUAAGCCUCACGCCUGAGCUCGCACUCGUUGGCUCCCGGAGAGCCCAGUGUCAUUACUCUGCCUGCUAGUGGCAUCCAUGUUUUGUUCGCACCUUGAGCUACGAAAUGGAUUUGGAUUGAUAAAAAAUUUGGAACCCAGGACAUGCUUGGCCUGUACCCUAAAAGUUUCGAUGUUGCGCUAUGUUAGGCAUCA